CGCAACUAAGUAGAGCACUUCCGGAGCUGCGGGGUCGACUCUGCCGGAGGAAGCAGCGGGCCUGACCGGUGUCUGCCCGCCUCCUCCGCUGUCGUUGAGUCCCAGUGAGACUUCUUUGGUACGGCUUGACCUGCUGUAGCCUUCUGGGGCUCUGCGGCCGCGAGGUCGCUGUUUCCGAUGGAAAUCAUAUGAUACAGGAUAUUUGGGUGAUAGCUGCUUCAAAGAUCUUCAAGCAUUACAGAAUACAAAAACACUAAUGUAUUUGAGAAAGCGGUGAAGUUUGAGGGAAGAAAAAGCAGUUGCUUUCCUGAUUUGCAGCUUGACUGGAUGCAAGAUGUCGGUGGACAUGAACAGCCAGGGGUCUGACAGCAAUGAAGAGGACUAUGACCCAAAUUGUGAGGAGGAGGAGGAGGAAGAGGAUGAGGACCCUGGGGACAUAGAGGACUAUUAUGUGGGAGUAGCCAGUGAUGUGGAACAGCAGGGGGCUGAUGCCUUUGAUCCUGAGGAGUACCAGUUCACUUGCUUGACCUAUAAGGAGUCUGAGGGUGCCCUCAAUGAGCACAUGACCAGCUUAGCCUCUAUCCUAAAGGCCGUUGAUGCUCACUGCCAUCAGCUGCAUCCUCCCUAUGGCACUGGUAUCUCAUUCUGUUGCCAAACUUAUAUUAGUUAAUUUCCACUGGCAAGUCUCAGAGAUACUGGACAGAUAUAAGACCAAUUCUGCUCAGCUGCUUGUAGAGGCUCGAGUUCAGCCUAAUCCAUCAAAAUAUGUCCCCACAGCCCAUCCUCCUCACCACUGUGCAGUGUGUAUGCAGUUUGUGCGGAAGGAAAACUUACUCUCUCUGGCCUGUCAGCAUCAGUUUUGCCGCAGCUGCUGGGAGCAGCACUGCUCAGUACUUGUCAAGGACGGCGUGGGUGUGGGAGUCUCUUGUAUGGCUCAGGACUGUCCACUCCGUACACCAGAGGACUUUGUGUUUCCGUUGCUUCCCAGUGAAGAAUUGAAAGACAAAUACAGGCGCUACCUCUUCAGGGACUAUGUGGAGAGUCAUUACCAGCUCCAGCUCUGCCCUGGUGCAGACUGCCCCAUGGUUAUUCGGGUACAGGAGCCUAGAGCUCGCCGAGUACAGUGCAAUCGGUGCAACGAGGUCUUCUGUUUCAAGUGUCGUCAGAUGUAUCAUGCCCCCACAGACUGCGCCACAAUCCGGAAAUGGCUCACGAAGUGUGCAGACGACUCUGAAACAGCCAACUACAUUAGUGCUCACACUAAAGACUGUCCCAAGUGCAACAUCUGCAUUGAGAAGAAUGGAGGCUGCAAUCACAUGCAAUGCUCCAAAUGUAAACACGAUUUUUGCUGGAUGUGUCUAGGAGAUUGGAAGACACAUGGCAGUGAGUACUAUGAGUGCAGUCGGUACAAGGAAAAUCCUGAUAUUGUCAACCAGAGCCAGCAAGCCCAAGCCAGGGAAGCCCUCAAGAAGUACUUGUUCUAUUUUGAAAGGUGGGAAAAUCACAACAAAAGUUUGCAGCUAGAGGCCCAGACAUACCAGCGAAUUCAUGAGAAGAUUCAGGAGAGAGUCAUGAACAAUUUGGGGACUUGGAUUGACUGGCAGUACUUGCAGAAUGCUGCUAAGCUUUUGGCCAAGUGUCGAUACACCUUGCAGUAUACCUAUCCGUAUGCAUACUACAUGGAGUCUGGCCCCAGGAAGAAGCUGUUUGAAUACCAGCAGGCUCAGCUGGAAGCUGAAAUCGAAAACCUCUCAUGGAAAGUAGAGCGUGCAGACAGCUAUGACAGAGGGGACUUGGAGAACCAGAUGCACAUAGCAGAACAGCGAAGGAGAACCCUGCUAAAAGAUUUCCACGAUACUUAAAUCAGAAUGUGGAUGUGCUGGGGUGAAGAUGUGGCUGCGAGGUCUCCCAGCUGCCAUACUGCAUGUUGCAGGCUCUACCUUUCAUGACCCAGGUUGCAACUAGGGCCCCACUCCUGAGAGACGCUGGCAACACAUCUCUUAGUUGAUUUCUGUUUUCUUCUCAUCUUUUGCUUUUUGUUUCUACCAGGGUAGAGGCCAUGUUGAAUUGACCUCUUUUUAGGACUUUUAAUUCCCCCUGGAUGAUUGUUGGGAGGGAGGGAAUUUUUUUCUGAAUGGCUAUUAAUAGAAUUAGAUCAUUACAACUUAUGUAAUUUUCAAAGGUUGUAUAAUUAUACCAAAAAAAAAAAAAAAAAAGGCAAACCAUAAAAUAACGUGACACCAUUUUUAAAAAUAAAUUGGCAUUGGAGUGUUUUCACCUCUAGCUAUUUUAUUUAGAAUGUAACAUACACUGCCCACCCACCCUGCCUCACAAAGUCUGUACUGCCAUGGGCCUCAGAGUGGCCUCUGCUUUCCAGCUUCAUGUGUUUGGCCACAGCUGGAGUCUUAAAGGAGGAGCAUGGGUGGCAAAUGUUGGGACUAAGUUGGCCUGUGUAACAGGCAUGGGGUACAGGGAAUCACAUUGUGCCUCCUGCCUUUCCUGGGCAAUAAAGAGACAGAACAGUCUUCUUUCUGUAGGCUUAUCUUUGUUCUUGAAAGUAGAGGUUACCUGGGUCUGGCUACUGAGGCUUGGACCCAUAGCAGGUUAUAGGUGGACUUGUGGCUCUCUAGACUAGGGGACAGUGGUUCAGCAUGGUGCUUCCUUUUGUCUCCUCAAGAUAUACAUCCAGUUUUGAAGAGAAUUAUUGUCCAAAGUAAGUUUGCUAUAUCUUUAUCUCUCCUUUUGUGCCAGUGUUCAAGUGGUAUAACUCUGACCAGGGUUACA